AUGCCCGAUGCCUGUCUCCAGCACCAGACGGGAGAUACGACUGCUGAUCGUCCCGGGAGCCCUGCUCGGAAGAUUAAGAUGAAGACCAAAUCCCUCCCCCUCAUUAUCAAGACCGGCCCGUCGAGAACAAAGUCACAUGCGCUAGCGAACAAAGGGAUGAAGAAACUUCAGAAGUUCAUCGUCAUGCUUUGGCUCAGACCAAAUACGGAGUCUCUUGAAGCAAAUGCCAUCGAUAACCGCCCUGUAGGGCCCGGAAUGCGCUGCAUAUUCCCGUAA